CUCACCAACAUCGAUAAUAGCUGAAAGUGUUAUCAGUAUAGCGUGUGACAUAUCGCUUUUGUACAAUCUAUUUAAGUGAAAUCGUCUAUUUGAAAAAGUAUGGACACCAUGAAUCGAUCAAACUUAGAUGUCAACGCUGAUGCUGAAGAAGAAAUCGUUAUUUCUGGCAUUGCUGGUCGAUUUCCAAAUUCUGAUAAUCUAAAAGAAUUUCAACAAAAUCUUUUUAACAAGAUGGAUCUUAGUUCAAGUACUCACGGACGAUGGAAUGCUUGGUACAAUAUGCCUCUUCGUAUCGGUAAAAUCAACAACAUAGAAAAGUUCGAUUCACAUUUUUUUGAUAUAUCCACUACUGAAGCUAAUGUAAUGGAUCCUGGGAUCAGAAUGUUACUGGAACACACUUACGAAGCAAUUAUUGAUGCGGGUGUCAAUCCAAAAGAAUUACGAGGAACAAGAACGGCUGUUUAUGCAGCAAAUUGUCUGCAUGAUACAGAAAAUGAAUUACUUUAUAUACCUAAGGCGGCUGGAGAAUCAUUGAUUGGCUGUCACAAAGGGAUCCUGGCAAACAAAAUUUCUUAUUGGCUCGGCGUUACUGGACCGUCGUGUAAUAUUGAUACUGCAUGCAGUUCGAGUCUUUUUGCUAUAAACGAAGCUUAUAGGCAAAUUCGAUCCGGAGAAUGUGAUGCAGCUAUUGUUGCUUCCGCCAAUUUAGUUCUUCAUCCACUUUCACAACUCGGAUUUUAUUUACUCGGGGUACUGUCUUCUGAUGGUUUUUGUAAACCCUUUGAUGAAGAAGGCACUGGAUAUAUGCGUAGCGAUACCGCCGCAGUAAUGUACUUGCAAAAAGCCAAAGACGCAAGAAGAGUAUAUGCAACCCUAGUAUACAGUAAAGCAAAUUGCGAUGGCUUUAAAGAAGAAGGCAUUACUUUUCCAUCGUUCGAAAAACAAAAAAUGUUGUUGGAAGAAUUUUAUGGGGAAUGUGGAAUUUCACCCAAUAAACUAUCAUACAUAGAGGCUCAUGCAACUGGUACCCUUGCUGGUGAUCCCGUUGAACUUAUGUCUAUUGACCAUGCUAUAUGUGUUAAAAGAAAUACUCCUUUAUUGGUAGGCUCGGUAAAAUCAAAUAUUGGACACUCUGAACCUUCCAGUGGUCUUUGUCAAAUUGCAAAAAUGAUAUUUGCGAUGGAAACUGGUAUCAUUCCACCUACUAUUUAUUUCAAACGCCCACGAAAAAAUUUGACUAGUAUUAUCGAAGGAAGAAUAAAGAUUGUCACCGAACCAACAGAAUGGAAAGGUGGUUAUGUUGGUAUUAAUUCCUUUGGAUUUGGCGGAGCUAAUUGCCACAUAUUACUAAAAUCAAAUUCUAAACAAAAAAUCAACAAUGGAGCAUCAAAUGAUGAUUUACCUAGGCUUAUAACGGUGUCUGGAUGUACAGAAGAAGCAGUUAGGAUCAUUUUAAAAGACUUGCGAAGUCGACCAGUAGACACAGAGUACAUAUCUCUGCUACAUCAUAUUCAUAAAGCUAACAUAGAAGGUCAUCAUUAUAGAGGAUAUAUGAUAACUGGGUCUAAAACAUCUUAUAAUACAAUUAAUAAAGUGAGAUAUCCACAUAUGAUACGACCGAUUUGUUUUAUAUUUUCUGGACUAGGUGCUCAUUGGUUUGGAAUGAGUCAUACUCUAAUGAAAUUUUCAGCGUUUUCUGAGGCAAUCCAAAAAUGUAAUAAUAUUUUGAGAUCUUAUGAUAUACACCUCACAGAUAUCUUAACGUGUCAAAAUAACAAUACUUUCGAUAACGUCAUUAACUUAAUCUUAGGCUUCGUUGGACUGCAGAUUGGAAUCGUCGAUCUUUUAACAUCUAUUGGUAUCGUCCCUAACUUUAUAAUUGGUCAUUCUAUUGGUGAAUUAGUCUGUGGAUAUGCUGAUGGAUGUUUAACUAUUGAAGAAACAAUUUUGUUGGCAUACUUUAUCGGUUUAGCGCUUCAUGAAUCAAAAAUUAUUAAUGGUUCCAUGGCAGAAAUUAAUAUCGACCUUAAAACCAUACAACACAAGUGUCCUUCGAAUAUUGAUAUAGCUUGUUACAAUAAUUCAUCUAAUUUUACUGUGAGCGGACCAACAGAUUCUAUAAAGGCAUUUCUCGCCGAAUUGCGGGCUAGUCAUAUUUCUGUGAAAGAGAUUUCUUGUUGUCAUAUACCUUUUCACAGCCGUUACAUUGAACCUGCUUCAGCUAAAAUGGAGGAAUACUUGAACAGACUAUUAUUACAAAAAAAGUAUCAUAGCUCCAAGUGGCUAACAACAUCCACUCACGAGAGUUUGAAUACAAUUCUACCUUUAUAUUAUAAAAAUUAUUUGUCAACUCCAGUAUUAUUCACAAAGGCGAUAACUUUAAUUCCAAAAAAUACGGUGACAAUUGAGAUAUCGCCUCAGAAUAUACUUCAACAUAUUUUAAAAGGAUCUUUAUAUUCCACUGUAACAAAUGUAGCGUUAUACGAAUGUACCGAAAGAUAUAGUGAGGAGAUAUUUUUAGAAACAAUCGGAAAACUUUAUAAUGCAGGAUUGCAGCCACAGAUUGCAAAUCUAUAUCCGACAGUAGAAUUUCCCGUAAGCCGUAGCACACCAAUGAUUUCUCCUCUGAUAAGAUGGGAUUACUUAGAAGAUUAUUAUGUUGCAAAAUAUUGUGGAAAGAAAAACGAAAUAUACAGAAAUCAAGAAAGUGUCACUAUUGAUAUAAAUGAUGUAGAUUAUGUAUACUUAACAGGCCACGUUAUUAACGAAAAAAAUUUAUUUCCGGCUAUGGGAUAUCUUUACCUUAUCUGGAAGAUGAUGGCAGCAUUAACAAAUCGUAAUGUUAACAAAUUAGCAAUCGUAUUUGAAGAUGUUAAUUUUAUUCGUGCUACAGUGUUUUCACAACAGAAAGUCAACUUAAUUCUUUCUGUCCUAAAAGGGAGUAACAGGUUUGAAAUAAUCGAAGGAGAUAAUGUUGUUGUUACUGGAAUAGUGCGAAUUCCAAAUAACAUUGAAAAUGAAAAAAUAUCUACUAAUCUUGUUAAAUAUGAAGAUGAAGAAGAAGUAAUGAGUACAAAAGACAUUUAUAAAGAAUUAAAACUUCGUGGUUAUCAAUACACCGGCGAAUUUCGUGGAAUAAAAAGUGCAACACUUACGGGAUCAAAUGGUCACAUCACAUGGACAUCUAACUGGGUGCCAUUUUUGGAUAGUAUGUUACAAAUGAUGAUUUUAGGACAUAAAUCAAGAAGUCUUUAUGUUCCAACGAGAAUUCGCAAAGUGGUAAUUGAUCCAAUACAUCAUGUAAAGUUAAUUGAGAAUUGUCCAAUUAAAAACAGACAAUUUUCUGUUCGUCAUUUCAAGUCUUUAGAUGUUAUAACAUCCGGAGGAGUAGAAAUUUCUGGCACUGUAGUUAAAUCUAUAUAUCGUCGACAAAAAGCAGUUAAUACCAUUCUUGAAGAACAGAAAUUUGCUGCUCAUCGUGAUUUUGGAACUAUGUCGUUACGCGAUGCAAUAAGAAUGUCGAUACACAUUGCACUCGAAUGUUGCAAUAUGAUAAAUAUUAAGAUAAUUGAAUUUAUUGAUGAUGCUGAUGAAGUAACUUCAGAAGAUCUAAAUUAUCCAUCUGUUAAUAAAAUUUUAAAUGAUUUACCAAAGAUUCGACAUCAUAUCAAACUGGUGACAAAAAAUAGGAAAUUUGAAAACCUCUCUUUGCCAAGCAACGUUUCUACAACGGAGAUUACCAAGUUGUCAAAAGACGAAAAGAGUUUGAUGAUCAUUGGUUUUAAUAUUUUGACCAAAAAUAGUAAAAUGCUUUAUCAACAAUUACUGCCAUUGUUAAUGCCGCAAGGCUUUAUACUGACUUUGGAGGAAUCCGAUGCAGUCUAUGAUAAUUCGUGUAUGAAGACAUAUAAGUUGGAUGUCGUACUAGAAAAACAAAUAAAUAAUAAGACACUUUUACUGCUAAGAAAAACGAAAAAUGUUGCGAGAAAUCAAUAUCGGGUUAUACAUAUAAAUAAUUACGAAUUCAAAUGGGUAGAAGAAUUGAAAUUAGUCAUGAACGAACAAAGUCAGACUGGAAUUGACACAAGAAUAAUACUCGUUGCGCAAGAUUUUGAAUGCGGAUUACUAGGUUUUGUUAACUGUUUACGAAAAGAACCGAACGGUGAAUUAAUUAGAAGCGUAUUUAUUCAAGAUGACAAAGCGCCUGCUUUCUCUUUGCAAGAACCAUUGUACACAGAGCAGCUUCAAUUGGAUCUACCAAUCAAUAUCGUACGUUCUGGAAACCUUUGGGGAUCCUACAGACAUUUUCCAUUACAGUCAUUGAAAUUAAAAUUGGUAGAGAAUGCUUACGUUACACAGACGGUACAAGGUGAUCUGAGUACUCUUUGUUGGGUACAAAACAAAAUACCUUCUUACAACGAACAUGAAAACAUCAUUAACGUAAUUUAUACAUCUGUUAAUUUUAAAGAUAUUAUGACAGCUACUGGUAGACUAUCCGCUGAAUCUAUCGGACCCAUUGAACGUGGUAAUGAUUGUUUAAUUGGUUUGGAAUUUGUUGGUUUUGAUAAGCGUGGACAAAGAAUAAUGGGAAUGUGUUCACAUGGAGGAAUGACAAACGUUCGUGUGGUUGAUAAAUAUCUCAGUUGGAUUAUACCUGAAAAAUGGACAAUGGAAGACGCAGCAACAGUUCCAUGUGUGUACACCACGUGUUAUUAUGCUUUAUACAUCAAAGGUAAAAUGAAGAAAGGAGACAAAGUGUUGAUUCAUUCUGGUACUGGAGGCAUUGGUCAAGCUGCCAUAUAUCUUGCGCUUUAUGAAGGUUGUGAAGUGUUCACGACAGUUGGAACUGCCGAGAAACAUCAGUUUAUAAGAGAAACUUUUCCCUCUAUUGCCAAAGAUCAUAUUGGAAAUUCUCGAGAUACAAGUUUUGAACAAAUGAUUAUGCAGUGUACAAAAGGUCGUGGAGUAGAUAUCGUGUUAAAUUCUUUAGCCGAAGAGAAAUUGCAAGCGUCUAUUCGCUGCUUAACAAAGGGUGGUCGUUUUUUGGAAAUUGGAAAAUUUGAUAUGAUUUCCAAUAAUUCUUUAAAUAUACCAUUAUUUCGUGGAGGAAUUAGGUUUUAUAGUAUUUUAUUAGAUAAAUUACUUCACUUAUAUGAAUCAAAUGUAAAGCAAAGGAUAAUAUUGUGGAAAAGAAUAACAGAGGGUUUAAAAAAUGACGUUAUUAAACCAUUGUGUAGAAAAGUCUUCGAAAGAAAUGAAAUAGAAGCUGCUUUCAGAUAUAUGGCAACUGGAAAACAUAUUGGCAAGAUAAUAAUAAAAGUCCACGAAGAAAAUGAUUCUUUGAAUGCUCCUCUACUCGCUCACCCGCGAUAUUAUUGCCAGGAAAAUAAAUGUUAUGUCAUUUUGGGUGGACUAGGCGGUUUUGGUUUAGAACUAGCAGAUUGGUUGACUCUUCGAGGUGCAAAAAAUUUGAUAUUGACAUCACGAUCUGGAAUAAAGACCGGUUAUCAACAAUCAAGAAUAAAGUUAUGGCAAUUUUCUGGUGUAAAUGUACAGAUUAUUACAGUUAAUGAUACUUUAAAACAUGAAGAUUGUGAAUCUAUAUUAAAAUUUGCUGAAAAAAUGGGACCAGUGGACGCCAUAUUUAAUCUUGCAGUUGUGUUAAAAGAUUGUGUAUUCGAGAAUCAAUCACCGCAAACGUUCAAAGAUUCAUUCAAGUCAAAAGCAUGGAUGACGAAAAAAAUGGACGAAUUGUCGAGAACGAUUUGUCCACAACUUCGACAUUUUGUCGUGUUUUCUUCCGUUUCAUGUGGAAGAGGAAAUGCGGGCCAAACAAAUUAUGGAAUGGCUAAUUCCGUAAUGGAGAGAAUCUGUGAAAGGAGAAUAGCAGAAGGAUUACAUGGUUUAGCAAUACAAUGGGGUGCGAUUGGUGAUGUAGGACUGGUUGCAGAUAUGCAAGAAGACAAUGAAAAAGAGCUUGUUAUUGAAGGUACAUUACAACAACAAAUAUCUUCUUGUUUGAAGACAUUGGAAAUGUUUCUGUUACAAAACCGGCCUAUCGUAAGCAGUAUGGUUGUUGCUAAGAAAACAAAUAUCGGAGUAAAGAAUGUUUAUGAAAGCAUUGCUCAUAUUAUGGGAAUGAAAAACGUAAACACAGUGGCACAUAACAUAUCACUGGCUGAAUUGGGUAUGGAUUCGAUGAUGGCAACAGAAAUUAAGCAAGUGUUGGAAAGAGAGUUUGAUAUUUCCUUGACAACGCACGAUAUUCAAAAUCUUAAUUUUGCUAAACUUAAGCAAAUGACAAAUGUAAUCGAGCAGGGAGAAAAGGACGAUACAAAUAACAUUAAUAAGAUUACUUUUGAAGCUAAUAUUUCUCAAAAUUUCAAUAUAAUGAUUAAAAAUUCAGACAUGGUUCCAGAUGUUCUUAUAGAACUUGCUACAAAGAAGGAAGUUGGUAGAGGCAAUGUAUUUCUCUUACCAGGAAUCGAAGGAUGUUCAAACAUAUUUAAAUCUAUAGCAUCAGAAAUUAAAUCUUCGGCAAUGUGUUUACAACACGGUGCAAUUAAUAUGCCUGGUCAUACUCAUUUAGUAACAAAGUCAGCUGCUUAUUUGCUACCUUACGUACUGGAGAAAAUGAAAAAUCAAAAAGAAUUCCUAAUUGUGGGAUAUUCGUUUGGAUCCUUAAUUUCUAUCGAAUUAGCAAGAUUAUUAGAGGCUAAGAAUUUUUCAGGACGCUUGAUACUUAUAGACGGAGCUCCUGAUCAAAUGAAAUUUUGGGCUGAGAAAUAUUUCUUCGCUACUUCGCAACAUGUAUUGCAAAAUAAUACGUUAAUUUGGCUAAUGGAUUUAUACAGUAGACCUGGCAAGGAAAAAUUAUUAUUGCAGCUGGAUAGGUGUAAUACGUGGGAGGAGAAAAUAAAAAUACUUCAUACUUAUUUUCCAGAAGAAUUAAAUAUAUUGACUUUGGAAAAUCAAAAACUUAUAUGUUCUACAAUGUAUGAUCAUUUAAACGCUGUAAACAAUUACAAUGUAACUUCAUUACCUCGCCUUAAAUCACCAAUAACAUUACUAAAACCUACGGUUGUACUUACUACUUAUACAGAAGAGGACUACGGUUUACAUAAGGUUACCGAAGGCAAAGUGCAAAUUCAUUACGUGGAAGGUACACACGUCUCAAUAAUGACCAACAAAAAAAUCAUAUCAGCUAUUAAUGAAGAAUUGGUGGAGGAAUGAUAUAUUUUCAUGUAACAUUUCAUAUAUUUACAUAUACAUAUUGCAUUUUGAAAUGUAUGUAUAAAUGUAAAAGUAUAAAAAAUAUAGUAUAGUUUGAAAUAAAAUACAAUAUCUAUAA